UCCUGUUAGCUUAAGCUAGCAUUUGUUAUGUGUUGAUUCAUUUGUACGCAACGUGUGGCUCGCAUUGGUGUUUAUGAACAAAUCCGUGCAGCUACAGCGCAUUUCUGUUCGUUUGAGGUUGUGUUUUGGAUCAAAGAGUCGCACGUUUAUAAAGUUGUAGAACUUAGUUGGGUGUAGCGACUCGCUUAAGACUCAUUUAGUGCGUUACAACGUUCACGCGGGAAGCUAAACUGACCUGAGCCCUUUUUAACGCCACAUCAGCACGUCUUUUGUUGUUGUUGUUGUUGUUCCUUUUACAUCUUCUGGUCUCAUCCGAUGUGAACUCCCUCAGCCUGAUGAGAGCAUUUCUAAACCAUGACCUCUGAGACCGUAGGAAAGCCCCCACUGCGUUUCGGUCAGGUUGUCAUCGGACCCCCGGGCUCAGGUAAAACCACUUACUGCCAGGGCAUGCAGCAGUUCCUAACUAGUCUGGGACGCAAGGUGGUCGUGGUGAACAUGGACCCAGCUAAUGAAGGAAAACCGUGCUCCUGCGCGGUGGACAUCUCAGAUCUGGUCACUCUGGAUGAUGUUAUGGAGAAUCUGAAGCUUGGACCCAACGGGGGACUUCUCUAUUGUAUGGAGUAUGUGGAGACGAACCUGGACUGGCUGGAGAGCAAGCUGGCACAAUACAGAGACUGUUACUUUUUGUUUGACUGUCCCGGUCAGGUGGAGCUUUACACACACCAACAUUCAGUAAAGAACAUUUUCUCACAGCUGGCCAAGUGGAAUUUCAGGCUGACAGCGGUGCACCUUGUGGACUCUCACUACUGCGCUGACCCAGCCAAGUUCAUCUCUGUGCUGUGCACGUCUCUUUCCACCAUGCUGCACGUGGAGCUGCCCCACGUCAAUGUCCUCUCUAAGAUGGAUUUGAUUGAGCAGUAUGGAAAACUAGCCUUCAACCUGGAUUUUUACACCGAAGUUUUGGACCUGACCUUUCUCCUCGAUCACUUGGCUGCAGAUCCGUUCUUUAAAAAGUUUCGCCGCCUUAAUGAGAAGUUGGCCGAAGUUAUACAAGAUUACAGCCUGGUCUCCUUUGUCCCUCUCAGUGUGCAGGACAAAGAGAGCAUGAUUCAGGUCUUGCGAGCGGUGGACAAGGCCAACGGCUACUGCUUUGGUGACUUGGAGGAGAGAAAUCUGCAGGCGAUGAUGUCGGCUGCAGUGGGAGCAGACUUCCAGUUCAGCUCUGCUCUUGGUGUGCAAGAGAAGUACGUUGAAACCAGUGCAAAGACUGUGGAGGAGGAAAUAAUGCAGCUUUAAAACAGAAAGCUCAGACUUACCUGUUCAGACUUGGCAACAUCGCUCUUGGCCGUCCUGAAUUUAUCCGCGGUACAAGAGAGCUGGAUAGACGGGAACUAAAUUUGGCUGCCGCACAGUAAAAUAGUUUCACCACACCUCGGAGGAACCACAACGAGGAACGCAGAAGAGAGCAACGGCUGAGCUUUGUUUAGCAGUGCCAUUAGUUUGGCUUUGUUUUUGUUUUUUACUUUUACUACAAUAAAUACAGAAACUGUUUUUUUUAUAAUAGAUGUUCUAAGGUAGUCUUGUUGUUUGUGUAUUUCUACUUGCUUAAAAAGAUGUUCAACAUCUUUAAAUGAAAAAGAAUAUUUUUGUCAUUUUAAUUUGUGCAGCUGUGAACAAUUAGAUCAGAACAGAUGCUUGAGGAAAUAAUAAAGACUUGUAAUGAAUGUGGAAAGCAACAUGAGAUGUGUGCAUCUUAGAGGUGUUGGGGUAAAAUAACUAAAAGGAUGGAUUUCUGUAAGAACACGUGGGUUCUCAGCGUUGGCAUGCAGGUUUUCAUCUAACAGCAAGUGUGUUUGCUGCAGAAUGUGUCUACAUGCCUCGUUACGUUUGCAUCACCGGAGUCUUUUCUAUAUUUAUUCUACAACCAUUGAAUGUGUAAUUUUAUCAACCCAAUUUGAGAGUUGGGUAGGAGACACGUGCCUGUAGUUUGUGUUCGGACCAGCAGGUGGCGCCGGCGCGUUCACCAUCUCCUUCCUGAUCCACUAAAAUCUGUUCCGGUUCUUUCAAACGACCAGAGCAGAAAAAUGAAGUCAGGCGGGGAGAGGAAGCCACAUUAAAUCUGUGUUUCUGCACAACUGGGCCUGUGUCUGCUCUUUGGGAUGGAAGAUAUUCUCUCUUUGUAAAUUAAACCCUGUUUCUGCUCCUCCUGUACGCGGCUUUACUCAUUUGAAGCAAAAUGUUAAUCCACACUUACACCUUACAUCAGCUAAUAAAACUUAUCAAAGAUGCA